AUGGCAAAUCCACAAAAUGAGGCACUAAUCCGCGAGAUUGAGGCGGCUGUAAUAAUAUGGCGUCCUUCGACUAGAGUCGCCCUCGCUUUCACUAGCGAAGAUGUUGAUCCUACUGUCAAUGUGGGAAGCCAGGGCUUAGCGAAUGAAUCCGACUACGCUGUCUCUUUUGCUCAAAACACCAUUGACCAGGUUGUAGAUACCACUAGGGAUAACCUUGAAGCAAUCAUAAGCGGCGAAGCGGGUGCUGAAAUUUUCGCCGAUGACGCAGGCUCUACUGAUGUCUUGAUAACGGAGCAGUCAGCAGAAGAGGAGCCACGGGAGGACCAGAGCGAGCCAGAGGCUGCAGAGGGGGGAAUUAACCAUGCGCAAGGGCAGAGAGACUCCCCUCCGGGCCCCCCUGCCAGCGAAGGCGGACUCGGAGACGAUUCCGGAGACGAUGAUAGCUCGUCUGAUGAUACAACCGCAUUGCCUGAAAGAGUGCGCACCGGUGAAUUCAAGAAGCACGUUACUAACCUUGGCCCCAACGAUCGUCCCUCUACUCCUGUCCUUCUACGCUUCAAAGCCCCGGCCCAACAAGAAACAAUGGCGUUUGACGUCGACCGAUAUGACUGCGAUACCCUCAACGUCGAGCUACGCAAAUACAAUGGUGCAACUACACGCUAUGAUCAAGAGGUCCGCGACAUAAUUCCCUCGGUCGAUGUCGACGUGACUGGCCUUGGUUAUGUUGAAGAGAUUAAAACCGUGGGCGUGUAUCUGAGCAAGGCAGGUGACGUUGCGGGUCUCAUCAUGAGUUACAUUUUCGAUGAUGAUGAGACAGCAGCCUUUUAG